GAGAACCAUAUUUCUGUGCGAUCUGCUGCAUUGGAACGUAGAGGGAUCUCCCCGACUCUUAAUUUGAUUCGGAAAACAGAAAAUCAGAAGGAAAGGAAUGAAGACAAUUAUUGCAGCCCAUUCAGGCAUCUUAAGAGGAGCUGGUGCAAGUAUUCUCUCAGCCUUGAGUAACCUACCAUCUUUUCCUUGGCUGGCAAGGUCCAAGGUGGAACGACAUUUGCAAAUGAUUUCUGUCUAUCAGUGGGUUAUCACUUUUCUAAUUAUGGGGAUCACAUGCACUAUGGUCUUGUGCUACAUGUUCUUCACUAAACUGUGGCCCGUUGCAGCUUUAUACUUUUCCUGGCUAGUCAUCGAUUGGAAUACGCCGAACCAAGGUGGACGGAGGUCAGAAUGGGUUCGGAACUGGGCUGUGUGGAGAUACUUCCGAGAGUACUUCCCUGUCCGAUUGGUGAAAACUCACAACCUGGAUCCCAGCAGGAACUACAUCUUCGGUUAUCACCCCCACGGCAUCUUCUGCUUUGGGGCCUUUUGCAACUUUGGAACAGAAGCCACUGGAUUUUCAUCGAAAUUUCCAGGAAUUCGACCCUCCCUGGCCACGCUGGCCGGUAAUUUCCGGAUGCCAAUCCUGCGGGACUAUUUAAUGAGCGGAGGUAUUUUCCCAGUGACUAGGGAUGCUAUCGACUUCCGGCUGUCGAAAAAUGGCAGUGGAAAUGCCAUCAUCAUAGUAAUCGGAGGAGCAGCCGAAUCCCUGGACUGCAACCCAGGAAGGAACAUGGUGACUCUCAAGAACCGCAAAGGGUUUGUGAAGAUAGCACUGCAGAAUGGAGCCGAUUUGGUCCCUGUUUACACUUUUGGUGAGAAUGAAGUUUACCGUCAGGUUAUCUUCAAGGAAGGCAGCUUGAUGAGAGCGAUACAGAAAAGGUUCCAGAAGCUGAUUGGAUUUGCCCCCUUGGUUUUCCAAGGCCGUGGGUUUUUCUCGAGCAACUCCUGGGGUCUCGUGCCUUACGCCAAGCCCAUCAACACUGUGGUUGGGGAACCGAUUACAGUUCCACGGAUUGAGAAUCCUAGUCUGGAGGAGGUGGACAGCUAUCACAAUAUGUACAUCUGCUCCCUCAUCAAACUGUUCAAUAAGUACAAGACCAAGUUUGGCUGCAGCGAAAUGGAUCGGCUGGAAGUGAUUUAAGGCACUUUUGUUGCAAACACCCAGUGGCCAUUUGUUGGGAUCCCUCUGGAAGAUGAGGAACCCUUUCAGCAGUUUCACCACUAAGUUCAAGACUUACUAAAAUUGUGCCACACCUGGACUACUGAAUAUCGAAAGGAAAUUUUUUUUUUUAAAAACAACAGCUACAAAAAAAGAAAAUUAUUUUCAUCAAGGAACAUUCUUGCCAAAUUUAACAUCUUAACUUGCUGGUGAUUUUUAAAAUUAUAUAUAAUCU